CCCUGAUGAUUCGCAGGUGACGCUGCAAAUAAAAGCCAGCGCUCCCUGUUGUCCGUGUGUAAGGAAAUGGCGCUGUCCCUACUGGAGCGAGUACAGUCAUGGCUGUUAAGGGCGCUCAUGGGAGCCCUCUUUGGGCUUUUUCAGGCGCUUUCUUCCCGGACUUGCGACCGGAGGAAGCUUCCUCCUGUUGAAAACCCGCUGCUGACCUUAUCCGCGGUGCAGCUUGCGCGGAAAAUUCGACGCAGAGAGGUGACCAGUCUGGAGGUAGUGCAGGCGUACAUUGACCGAAUCCAGGAGGUCAACCCCCUCAUCAACGCUAUGGUCAAAGACCGGUUUGCGGCGGCCCUGCAGGAGGCCUCUCAGGUGGAUAAGCUGAUCGAGGAGGAGACCGGGGGGGAGGAGGUCCUGGCUGACCGCCUGCCCCUCCUGGGGGUCCCCCUCUCCGUCAAGGAGUCCUUCGCCCUGCAGGGCAUGCCCCAGACCACCGGGGUGGUGUCCCGGCGCGGGGUGGUGGCGGUGGUGGACGCCCCCCCCGUGGCCCUGCUGAAGCGGGCGGGGGCCAUCCCACUGGGGGUCACCAACACCAGCGAGCUCUGCAUGUGGUCCGAGUCGCACAACCACCUGUACGGCAUCACCAGGAACCCCUACGACCUGGAGAGGGUCCCGGGGGGCAGCUCAGGAGGUGAGGGCAGUCUGCUGGCAUCGGCCGGGGCCGUGAUCGGGGUGGGCUCGGACAUCGGAGGCAGUAUUCGUAUGCCCUGCUUCUUCAACGGCAUAUUCGGCCAUAAAACCACUUCAGGACUGGUGUCCAGCGACAACCAGCACCCGCCCGUCUCGGGCCGCUUCGAGGAGUACCUGAGCCUGGGGCCCAUGUGCCGCUACGCCGAAGACCUUCUGCCCAUGCUCCAGAUCAUGGCCGGACCCAACGCCCACAGGCUGUCCCUCUCUGAAAAGGUGGACCUGAAGAAGUUGCGGUUCUUCACCGUCCCUCACGACGGCGGCUCAGUCAUGACCUCGCCCGUGGACAGUCAGCUCCUCCAAGUUCAGAGACAGGUGGUGGAGCAGCUGGAGGCGGACCUGGGGGUCAAGGUGGAGGAAGUGAUGUUCCACGAGCUGCGCUACGCCUUCCAGAUCUGGGACACCUACAUGGGCCUGCCGGACAACGAGGGGGCGCCUCCUCAACGGUUCGGUGAUUUGCUGGGCACUCCUGGGCAUCCCGUGUGGCCGGUGUGGGAGCUGGUGAAAUGGAUGGUGGGAAAAUCGGAUCACACCAUGGCCGCCAUCGGCCUGGCCAUGAUUGAGAAGGCCCAGCCGGCCGCCGCCCCCGCCUCCAUCCUGCGCCACAAGGAGAAGCUGCAGCGGGAGGUGGAGGAGCUGCUGGGGACGGACGGGGUCCUGCUGUACCCCACCCACCCCAACGUGGCCCCCAAGCACCACCACCCGCUCUUCAGGCCCUUCGACUUCGCCUACACCGGCGAGUGCUUCUCAGACGUCUGACGUUGUUUGCGCCCGUUGAACACAACCGUGUCCGGACUGACGUGUAUCGACGUACUCCCGUUGUUUAUACUUUUUUAAAGAUGUUUUAUUUCAUUUUAGAGUGAGAUAGAGUGGAAGGUACGGGAGAUAGAGAGGAGGACAUGCAGCAUAGGCCCCCGGGCAGGAUUCAAACCCGGGUGGUUGAGUUCAGACUAUAUGGUGCCCGCUCUACAGUGGAACCGGUACUCUUUGUGUUGCUUUUCGUUGCCCAUAAAUCAGUGUUGGAAAGUGAAGACAAUGGGUUGAAAAAGAGCCAGGGAACCCAGUGUAGGUUGGAAUGGAUCCGGGGGGGGGGGGGGGUCACUGUGUAAUUCUUGAAUGGAUCAACAUGCACGCCUACGGAAACCGCGGUUCCUCGCACAUAACGAGUUCUAAAACUCUUGAUUUUAUUUGGAUGAUUCGUUUGUUCGGCAUAAAAGAAGUCCACUGAUUGUAGUGUUUGCGUCUGGGUUCUGCUCCGCAGGCAUCGUCAACAUCCUGGGGCUGCCAGUGACCCAGGUCCCCCUGGGGCUGAGCCGGGAGGGCCUCCCCAUGGGGGUACAGCUGAUCGCGGGGAAGCUGCAGGACCGCCUCCCCCUGGCCCUGGCGCUCCACCUGGAGAAGGCCUUCGGUGGUUGGAGGGACCCGGGGGCCAAAUGAAGACCGCACCGUGUGUGUGUGUGUGUGUGUGUGUGUGUGUGUGUGUGUGUGUGUGUGUGUGUGUGUGUGUGUGUGUGUGUGUGUGUGUGUGUGUGUGUGUGUGUGUGUGUGUGUGUGUGUGUGUGUGUGUGUGUGUGGGGGGGGGGGGGUUCCCUGCGAUGCUCUCUCAGGGUCACACAGUUGGAUUUUAGAUGGGAAUGUAACUCACACGCUGUGGUGUAAACGUUGUACACUGAAUAAAUCAAUCGGCACUAUGAAUGUCAACACGGAUGUAAGUCUGAUUUGCACUCAAGCACGUGUUGGGUGAGAAAAGAGAGCAACCCAAAUUAGAAAAAGAAAUCCAAUGCUCUCAGAAAUGAAGGGUUGAAUAAAUGCAUGCUUUGGAAGUGUCUCCGCGAUCACAUAUUGUGGUAAUGUAGACUUUAUGAGUAGAAGUGAUUUUUAUUGUGAUUUUUAUUGUGUUCAUCAAUGUGGUUUAAUUUACUUUGUAUUUUUCCUUUAUUUACUUUGAUUCAUGUUUAUUUUAGAAUUGGUCUGGUUAAGUUAUGUUGCAGAUUAAUUAACCCAGUCAAUGGUAUAAUAAUGCCUGUUUUAAACAAUUAAUACAGAAGUGCAUGUCUUCGGAUGUUGCCAAUAGAAAGGAAAUGACUAAGUCAUUUGAAGUUGGUGUUUUUUAGGCAGACGUCGUUUCAAAAAGUUAAUUCUAAUGACGUGCUGAUAUACAAAAUCAUUUAACGUGGAAAAUGUAUGAAUAAUGAAAGACUUUUUAUAAAGUUGUGCGUCUUCAGGCCUGGCCUGUCAAUCAGUCUCUACAAGCCAUCGAUUGGCCCGAACAGCAAUUAAAUAUGCAAAACGGAGCAGUCCAUUCAGUCCUUCCGUCUAUUUCCUCUGAGCGCUGGGCUUCAUUCCAAAACCUACAUCCUAUUCCUAUUGGAAAUCAUGCCAUGCGUGGUGUUGAUAUUAAAUUGUUAUCAACUAUAA